CCUUCAAGGCUUGUGUUUGGCCCUUGAAACGACAACUACAGCAUACUGUCUCAAUGACCAAACCUAGCCAGCAUGCAUGGUUGAGUCCUUUACUGAUAAAAUAUCAUACAGUACAUUUAUAUGAAUUACUGUCGAAGGAAUUAUUUUGUUGAAAAACUAUAUUUUUGUAUUUUAGUCCCAAAAUCUUUUGCAUGUCAGCGGUGAAGCGAAUUGUCAGUUGCCACAUCAUGAUGAUGAUGCGUUUUGAGACAGUUUGCUACAGCAGGAACAUAAUCCUGCAGCAACAGGAAAUGUGAAUGAUUAUGUGGAUUUCAUACAUUUUCCGUAAGGGAAAAUCAAGUCUGAAAUUUCUGUCUGAAAAGUGGAAAUUACAAACAUCAGAAGCAUUUUUAAAACUUCAAAUGAACUACAAGUUGUAUAUUUCCUGUAGGAAAGUUCUCUUGCAACAGGGUGAUCAGAUUAAGAUCUUACAUCUGUAUCCUGUCCACCACAAUAAGUUGCCAUCAAAUACAGGGGAAAGGAAUCAAGUUUCCAGAAACAAAGUCUUCCUGACUGGGCUAAUGUGCCCUCUUCCCUCUGUGUGGACAGCCAGUGCUAUCUUUAUGCUGCUAAGGGCACCUUUCUCCAGCACACUGUCAACAAUAGAGGCCUUCAUGUUGUUGAUGCUCUAUUUGAUGGUUGUAACUUAUCACUGUUCAAAAUAGCUUUUCACACCAAGAGUGCAGUGAGAGUGCAGUCACCAAUGUGCAGUGAGAGGUAAAAAUGGGAUUAGGAGUGAGUGAAACUCAAGCCUAGACGUUUGGUGAGUAUUAUAGCAACACAAGGUGUCAGUGGUCUGUGUUGAAACAGGUAGAAUAAUGCAGACAUUUAAUGAAGUGAUAAAGCCAGAGAAGUCUGUGUUUGGAGGAUAUAUUGGCAUGGGCAAAGUUGGCAAACCGUGCUAAUAUAUCCUCCAAACACCGGCUUCGAGGGCAUUAUUGCUUAUUUAAAUAUACAACGGGUUAAAGAACAUAUUCAAAUAAUGAUUGACAUAUUUUCAUUAAAAAAAAUAUUCUGAUGUAUUUAUUCAUAUUCACAUAAUAACACAUGCUAUUUAAAAUAUUACACAACUCUUCAGUGUCCUUAUUCAUUUAUCAGGAAAAUAUUUUGUUUUCUAAUAGCUGUACUCAUAUUUACUCUGUUGGGGAAAACAUACUUACUGAUAUGAUGUUAUUUUGGUAUCUUUUGGGGGUUACUGCCAUCCGAGGCCCUUACAUCAGUAUAUUAUGACUGAAUUCAAAUUUGGCAAAAAUACAGGCCAUUUUGACCUGUUAUUUAGUUGUUAAAACUACUUGGGGUUGGAGGAGGGGUGAGAAGCUCGCUCAUCCUCUCUCUUCUGUGAGACUCAGAGCAUGUGAUGAACAACCGACUUCUUCAGGCCAUUCGCAGAUGUGUUGCCUCAACUCCAGGGAAUUAACAGCUGACCUCACAGCUGUCUGCUCUGCGCCGGGCGUAAAGGGACCAUCUCUGUGUUGCUGUAGAGUACUGGUUCAUAUUCUCCAUAACCAUGGACCUGACCGCGCUUUCAGACGACGAGGCCAAGCACGUCUGGGAGGUCAUACAGAGAGACUUCACCCUCAGGAAGAUAGAAGAAGAGAGACUGGGGGACCUAAAGACUAAGAUAGAGAAGGAGGACACUAAGAUUGAGCUGCUGGGUACUCAGACCACCCUGGUAGACUCUCACUGUAUCCGCUGUCUGCAGCCCUUUAAGUUCCUGGUCAACAGUAAGCGACAGUGCAUAGACUGUAAGAUGUACACCUGCAAGGCAUGCAGCCGCUACAACAAGAAGGAUCACGGCUGGGUGUGCGACCCCUGUCGUAUGACAAGGGUCCUGAAAAUUGGAACAGUGGGAUGGUACCAUGACAACGUGCGCACCCGUUUCAAGCGCUUCGGCAGUGCCAAGGUGAUGAAGUCUCUUUACAAGCGACUCAAUGGAGAGGGCGCCCGUCGUGACAGUGACACACAAAGCAUGCCUGAUUUCCGCAAUGACAGGUACAAUGGUCAUGAUGAGGACUAUGCAGAAGCAGAAGCUCAGCGAUACAAAAUGAUGCGAAAGAACAAGCGCCUGCUCUCUGUUCAUCCCAUGGACUUGGAUGUGGAUAUAGAAGAGUAUUUUCCACCCCACUCUCGCACUCACUCUCGUCGACAAUCCUACCAGCAGAUCCAGGAGGAGCGAGGUGGUGGUCACCGGGGUGACAUGGAGUUCAUGGAUUCCAUGCAGCAACAACAACACCGCAUGAACCGUAGGAAGAGCCUGGAUAGGUACAACAUGCGCCCUGACGAUGGGCAGUAUGGGAUGGUGCGUGCCCGCUCCCUAUCCAAGAUCAGCUCCUCUAUGAACCGCCAACACUAUGUGGACACGUCAGAAGAGGAGGAGGGAGGGCGCAACACCAUGUACCAGACCCCCUAUCGCCGACGCCCUUCCUACAGCCGAGUUGGCUCUCACGAGAACCUGCAGGCCCCAACACAACAACCGGUCAACGCGCUAAACAAGCGAAUGUCAGCCAUAGAGAGUCUCCUGAACCGGCUGGAGUCCAAGAUGACUCUACCCCCCGACGAUGAGGAGACGCCCCCGACCGCUGCACAGAUAGAGGAGGAGAAGCUGAGGAGGAAGCUGAGCGAGCUGGCAGGGAACAUCAGUGUUCCGUCCUCCGACGAGGAAGCAGGAGGGGGGAAGAAGACCCCUUUAUUAAAGAGGGCCGCUGUGAAGAGUAACCUCCCAGUCCUCCCCCUAGAGCCCCUCAGUUCCUCCAGCGAUGAGGGGCCCACCGAGGCUCAGCAGGUGUACAUGACCUCAGGGAAGUCCUUUGAUCUGGAGAAGAAGCUGAGGCAUCUGGAGCAGAGUGCCAAGAACCGCUUCGGAGGGGCCACAGACUCGGAGCUGUCUGACCUGGAGGACGUGGUGGCUCUGACUGCACAUCGGGUCCAGAGCACUGAGAGUGAGGUGUCUGAUUUGGAGAACAAACUUGCUGCUCUAAGGGCCUCAGGGAAGAAAAAGAUAUCAGGUUCACAGAACAGGAAAAGGUUUAACCAAGACUUCCCCACAAAACCCAGCAACGGCUCAGGAUCCCUACGGAAAUCCAAUCACAUGUAGAAUGACUGUACGACGAAUACGCCCAAUGAAACUGUCUGUAUUGUCUUAGUUACUGAAAUAUACCUUCAACCUUAUCUGUCACUGAUCCACUGUAUAUCUGAUGUAAAUCUCAUAUUCACAUUGUUACAGUAUGUUAAUGGUAUAACCACACCCACAAUGCACAGUAGUUCUGUGCUGUAAAAGCAGGCUACACCAUAGCUGUGUUCAAUGCAAAAACAACCCUGGUUUACUGCCUGAAAGUCAUACGCAUUAUAAAGUAUCCUCUCAGUCUCAAUGUCUCUGAUGUCUAAACUCAUGAAAUGCUCUGAUGUGAUUGGUCAAAAGGGCAAUUUGUGGGG